AGGAUAGCUUUAAAUCGAUCGACGAAUUUCUUCCGCUAGAUACGGACACUUUCGGGCACUAUCGUUGCGAAUGUCACGCGUGACCUAUCGUUACAACAUUCGCAGCCAAUCUGAUUCGAUUUAAAAACACCGUGAUUUUCCAUGCCCGCAACAAUUUCUCGACAUCCACUGUCCAUCCACUAAACGUCUCCCGUCGAUUUUCAGACGAUGCACCUCGAGGACUACCACGUGAACAGGGGCGAAGAGGACGUCCAACGCGGCUGUACGAAGAGUAUCAAGCAGGAGGACUUCAACGGUGUGCAUCUAGCCCCGAUCGCCUCGAUCAACACCCUCGGGCAGCAGCCUUGCUGGCUCGCUUCUCAGAUGGACGGUGUUCCCUCCCCUAUUCUGCCGAAUAAUUCCAGUCCGAGGGAGUACAACGAUUGGGAACAACUCGCGACGGUGUUCCAGUAUCCCUGUCAACAGUACUCGACCGAUGAUAGAUCUCCAGGGAGCACAGGCAGCGAGGCGACAACGCCGACCUGGAUCAUCCACAAUGACACGGACAACUCCCAGAGGCUGCCCCCCGUCGGUUCUGCCUUCUCCUUCUCCAGGAGCUUCAGUAACACCGUUUACGCGGAGUAUCAAGGUUACCAGGAGUACCAGGAGUACCAGGACGACGUGUCAGUGUCCUUACCUUUGAUUCUGCACAAUCAAGAGGAUCAAGGAUUCACCGGGUCAAUGCAGGCUGCCACUGAUGAGUUCGAUCUGAGUUUGAUCAGAGGCGAUCCUACGUCGCUCUUGUGCAACGUCGAGUCUCCUUCCUCACCCUCGUCCACUUAUCUCGACGAACUUCAGGAUCCCUUUUCCAAUGUCAAUGGUGCGUGUUACGCGGUCGGGCACCUGGUUUCCGGACAACAGUCCACCGUUACGAUGUUGAACUUUGUUAAUGACACGGUGCUGAACGAGGGAUUCGGGAACCAGGUUGUCCUGCCCAGGAACGAGGGGUUGAUGCUCACCGAUAGACGAGUUCCGGUGUCCAAGUCUAACGUUGAGGUGGAGAAGAGAAGCAAAUCUUAUGACUGUUCAACGACGGACGACAACUUGACGUCGACGUAUCAGUGCCGAUGGAUAGAUUGCGGCUGCGCUUUCGCCGAACAGGAGGGUCUCGUCCGGCAUAUCGAGAGAAGACACGUGGAAUCAUCCUCCUCGAACUCCCACGGGCACGGCAGAAGGAUUCAGAGGGACAGGGACAAGGAUAAGGACAAGGAGGGUGAUGGUUUCGCGAAUUCCGGUGGACAGGACGAAUUCGCCUGCCUCUGGCAAGGGUGUCCGCGUGCCAGACCCUUCAAUGCCAGAUACAAGCUGUUGAUUCAUAUGAGAGUGCACAGCGGGGAGAAACCGAACAAGUGUCCGUUUACCGGCUGCAAGAAGGCAUUUUCAAGGCUGGAAAAUUUAAAAAUCCAUCAGAGAUCGCACACAGGGGAGCGACCGUACGCUUGCCAGCAUCGCGGUUGUACGAAAGCGUUCAGUAACAGCAGUGAUCGUGCGAAACAUCAGAGGACACACUACGACACGAAACCGUACGCGUGUCAGGUGAGCGGUUGCGGUAAACGAUACACGGAUCCAUCGAGCCUUCGAAAACACGUGAAGAACCAUACAGAACCAACGAAUCCUCUGUCCAACCUCUCGUUGACGUCCGAGAACAAAGCAACCGUGAUUGGCAAUAAUUCCAGCUGCUCUUCGCGACAAGAUCCGAUUUCGAACGCGUCGAAACAUCAGCAACCGCAUACGUCACUCCCGUUCCACGGGGAAUCGAAUUAUCGGACGUAUAAGACUUCGGAUUCUUAUCCGGACGAGGACGCGGACCUGUUCCACACGAAUUUGUGUCAGGUCGAUAGGAUUUCCAUGAGCCUUGACAGUAAUCAAGAGUACGUGCCGAUCGAGUCGGUGAAGCGUUUUCUCAUCGACGACGUCAGCUCGCACGUGGACGGUACAGGAUACCAAGUGGAAGAUGAAGUUCCUGAUUUCCAGGAGCUAGGCUCCGAUAUCGAGCAACAAUUUCUCGAACUGAGCAACCUGGAUGAUGCUGUAUUCAUCGAUGGUUGAGAUGAAUUUUGAAGAAUACUCUAAUCGAUCUCAUGGCAACUCGUUGCCAUAAGGUACACCUCUGUAUAACGCAAUGUUUAUUUA